AUGGCGUACCGGCAAAUGGGAGGCUCUGGGAGUCUCUCAAGCUGGUUCAGUGCAGGCUUCAGCGUCAGCCGGUGUCUUUCUGUCUUUUUCACUCUUGUGAUAUCAGUGAACUCAACAGAUUUUCUUCAGUUAGCAAAUCCUGCUUUCCCAGGCACUGUUACUUGUGAUGAAAAUGAAAUAAUAGUGAAGUUUCCCAGCCAUGGUGGCACCAAGACGUGGCUUGCAUCUGUGGUAGACCCCCAAGGUGGUGAACUGUUGAACUGUUCAUAUAUCAUGGACCCAGAAGGGCCAACUCUAACAGCCCCAUAUGAGGCCUGUGCCAAGACAGUGCAUGGCGGACACCAGAUGAGCAUCAGAGUCCUGGACAGUAGUUCUCUUCUAAAUCGUGGGGGUGUCGUGUAUCGGUUCUUCUGUCCAGCUACACAAGUAGAACAGAUCUUUGAAUUUUCAAAAUCCAUAAUCUGCACUGAGGACUCCAUGUCUCUUUCCUUCCCACACAUUCCUACUGACUUUGAUAGCAUUAUGGUGAACCAAUCCCAGACGGGAUGGAUGAUUGAGAUUGGUCAUGAUCCAAGAACCCAAACUCUGACUCUAAAGGAGGCCCUAGGACAAGGAUUUGGUAUCCUGGCUGACAACAGGUUGACCCUCAACGUGCCAUUCAACGCCACUGGAGUCACUCACUAUGUGGAAGGUGACAGCCAUCUCCACCUAAUCCUUCUGAAGCUUUCGCAUGUGUCCCCUGGACAGAUGAUCGCCUUCUCAUCACAGGCCAUUUGUUUGUCAGAUCCUGUGUCUUGUAAUGCUACGCAUAUGACUCUUACCAUACCAGAGUUCCCUGGGAAGUUAACAUCUGUGAACAUUGAAAACAGAAACAUUGCAGUGAGCCAGCUGCACCACAACGGGAUUGAUGUAGAAGCCACCAAUGGCUUGAGACUGCAUUUCAGCAAAACUCUACUCAGAACAAAAUUUUCUGGAAAAUGCCUCCACAAUCGGUUCUACAUAUCUUCACUCAAGUUGACCUUUAACUUGCAACGGGAUACAGUGUCCACGGUGAUUAAUCCUGAGUGCUUUUGUGACUCACCAGUUUCUAUAGUUACAGGUGAAUUUUGUACCGAGGAUGGAUUUAUGGACUUUGAGGUCUACACCCACCAAACCAAACCAGCUCUCGAUUUGGAUACCCUCAGGGUAGGAAAUUCAUCAUGCCAACCUGUCUUCAAGGCCCAGUCUCAGGGGAUGGUAAGGUUUCACAUACCCCUGAAUGGAUGUGGAACAAAACAUAAGUUUAAAGAUGAGAAAGUCAUCUAUGAAAACGAAGUUCAUGCUCUCUGGGAAAAUCUUCCUCCAAGCAAAAUAUCCAGAGACAGUGAAUUCAGAAUGACAGUGAAGUGCUACUAUAAUAGACAAGAUGUGCUACUCAAUGCCAAUGUCAAACACCUUCUUCCUCCAGUGGCCUCAGUGAAACCAGGUCUGCUUGCUUUGAGUUUGCAAACCUAUCCAGAUCUGUCCUACCAACAGCCUUACAGUGUCAAUGAAUACCCUAUAGUGAAACACCUCCGCCAACCAAUUUACAUGGAAGUGAGAGUCCUAAAUAGAAAUGACCCCAACAUCAAGCUGGUGUUGGACGACUGCUGGGCAACAUCUUCAAUGGACCCAACCUCUCUACCCAAGUGGAAUAUUGUUAUGGAUGGUUGUGAAUACAACCUGGACAACUAUCAAACUACCUUUCAUCCAGUUGGCUCUUCUGUGACCCAUCCUUAUCACUAUCAGAGGUUUGAUGUGAAGACCUUUGCCUUUGUAUCAGAGGCUCAAGUGCUGUCCAGCCUGGUCUAUUUCCACUGCAGUGCCUUAGUCUGCAAUCAACACUCUCCUGACUCUCCUCUGUGUUCUGUGACUUGCCCCGUGUCAUCUAGAUACAGGCGAGCUACAAGGAACACUGAAUUGGAGAAAGUGACAGUCAGCCUCCCGGGACCAAUUCUCCUGUUACCAGACGACUCUUCAUUCAUAGAUGAUGGGGACUCUAAGAAACUUGGGCUCGUUGCAGACAUUGCCUCUAAAGCAACAGCUAUUGUGGCAGCCUUAGCAGGUGUGAUGGUAACGCUAGGUUGCAUCAGUUACCUGCAUAAAAGAAGAACCAUGGUAUUCAAUCACUAACUGUGCUUGCAAAUAAAAUAGUUGACCUAAGCCCAAGA